AUGUCAUUCGGAUCAACAGAGCGCCAGACCAUCAAUAUCCCCGGAACGACGGAUCAGCCCAAAUCAGAGCCAGAUUAUCUUCUCGAUGCCCGCAGCACUGAAGUUUUGUCUCAACUCCAGGACGGUGACCUCUUGAAGCUGGUAGUCGAUCACGAGGAGGACACCAUCGAGUUCGAGGAUCACAUCAAGCAGGUAGCGCCUGGAAACCUCGCAGAAUACUUUGACGCCCCCGGGAUCAAGAAGUUUGCGUUUUAUCGCCAUCCCGAGUCAGGUGCUGCCAUCUUGAUCUGGACACGUUUCCCUGCCACGGCUUCGACCAAGAAUGCACGUGUUCAGCACAGGGUGAGGAGAGAUUUGAUCUGGUAUGCUGAGAAGGCGGGCUUCAAGAACGUGGCUACGCUUGAAGUGCAAUCGCAGAAGGAUGUCACUGUUGAACGAUUGAUUGAGGCGGUUGAAUUGUUGACGGGAAACGAAGAAUGA